AUGCCACCAAACCCACCCACCGAUAUUGGACUUGGCUUGAUGUGGUGGUCUGCACGCAACCCUCCAGCAGACCCGACCGUCUCACUAUCCGGGCGAACAGUCCUCAUCACCGGAGCCAACGUGGGCCUCGGCCUUGAAGCCGCCGUCAAAACUGCAGCAUUAGGAGCCAAAGGUCUCAUUCUGGGGGUACGAUCAUUACAGAAAGGAGAAGACACCAAACGACAAAUUUGCCAAAGGACCGGCUACGACCCCAACAAGGUGCGAUACUACGAACUGGAUAUGAGCAGAUUUGCAUCCGUCGAAUCGUUUGCGAAGACAGUGGAAGAAAACGAACCACGCGUGGACGCGGCGAUUCUAAACGCAGGGACUGUCACGCCGGCCUUCGUUCUCAGCCCGGAGGGAUAUGAAACGACUCUACAGGUGAAUGUCCUGUCAACGGCACUCCUAGGAGUGCUACUACUCCCACAGCUCCAAAAGUCCGCCACAAUAUCUGGAAAGGCAUCCCACCUCGAAUUCGUGGGGAGUGUUGCACAUCACCGCGUCAAGGCAUCCCAGUUCGACUUGUCGCCAGAACGGAGUAUCAUCGACCAAGCCAAUUCAAAAUCCUUCUUCGGCCUGACUGUCAAUUACCAUGUGUCGAAGCUGCUUUUGAUGUAUGUCAUGGAGGGGUUGGUUCAAGCGACGAGGACGCCCGGUUGUGAACCCAAUGUCAUCAUCACGAAUGUGUGUCCGUGUCUGUGUCGAACCAACCUAGGAAGGGAUUUUGGCUCGCCCAUGAAACUUGCAAACUAUCUGUUCCAUCUACCUUUUGCGAGGACAGCUGAAGAAGGGAGUCGAACUCUUGUCAGUGGAAUUACCCUAGGUCCAGAAGCGAAUGGCGAAUUCUGGAGUCAUGAUAGACUAUACAAGAAGGGAGAUCUUGUGACUAGCGCCGAGGGGAAGGCCCUCCAGAAGAGGGUGUGGAAGGAGAUUGUCGACAUCCUGAUCAAAAAUGUUCCGGAUUUGGAUGGACACCUAUCUCGAUUGCGAGGACAGUGA